AUGGCGGAAAGAAGAACUGUCAAAAUUGUAAUGGUAGGAGAUGGUGCUGUAGGUAAAACUGCUUUAUGUAGUACUUUUGUCAAUAACCAAUUUCCACAAGAUUAUAUUCCAACUGUUUUUGAUAAUUUUUCACGUCUUCAAACUGUUGAUGGAGAACAAGUAACAAUGAGUAUUUGGGAUACAGCAGGACAAGAAGAAUAUGACCGUUUGAGACCAAUGAGUUAUCCAAAUACAAAUAUUCUUAUUAUUUGUUUUUCAAUUGAUUCAAGAAGUUCUUUUGGUAAUAUUUCUCAACGAUGGUUACCUGAAAUUAAACAUUUUUGCCCAAAUGCUCCAUUUUUAUUAGCUGCAACAAAAACAGAUCUUCGUGAGUCUGAAGAUGUUAAAAGUAAACUUCAAAUGGAAGGUAAAACUUUAAUUUCAAAAGAAGAAUCUCAACAACUUGUGAAAAAAAUUAAAGCUGCUGGUUAUUGUGAAUGUUCUGCUCUUCAAAAUAAAGGUGUUGCUGAACUUUUUGAUGAAGCUGUGAGAAAAACUAAAGUAGGAGGAAAAAGUAAAAAGAAAGGGGGAUGUGAUCUCUUGUAA